AUGGUUGUAGGGCCAUCAAGAACACUCUUCAUGGAUGAAAUAUCGACAGGCCUAGACAGCUCCACAACAUUUCAGAUAGUGAAGUGUUUGCAACAAAUGGUACAUAUCACAGAUGCCACCAUAUUGAUGUCCCUCCUCCAGCCAACUCCAGAGACGUUUGAUCUCUUUGAUGAUAUCAUUCUAUUAUCAGAAGGCCAUAUUGUGUAUCAGGGCCCACGAGAGCAUGUCCUUGAGUUCUUCGAAAGCUGUGGAUUCAAAUGUCCUGACAGAAAAGGAACUGCUGAUUUUCUACAAGAGGUUACAUCAAGAAAAGACCAGGAGCAAUACUGGGCAGACCGAAGUGAGCCACACAGAUACAUUCCAGUCAGCGAAUUCGUAGAAAGAUUUAGGCAUUUCCAUGUUGGUCUGCAGCUUCAAAAUGAAAUAUCGGUUCCGUAUGAAAAGACCCAAAGUCACAAAGCUGCUCUAGUUUAUGAGAAGUACUUGGUCCCCAGCCGAGAACUUCUCAAAGUCAACUUUGAAAAAGAAUGGCUUUUAAUCAAGAGAAAUUCUUUCUUCUAUAUUUUCAAAACAGUCCAAAUUAUCAUUGUUGCAAUGAUUGCAUCAACUGUUUUCUUGAGGACUAAAUUACACACUCGGAAUGAAGAGGAUGGUGCUGUGUACAUUGGUGCACUAGUGUUUGGAAUUAUUAUUAAUACAUUCAACGGUGUUGCUGAGCUCUCACUCAUCAUAGAGAGACUUCCUGCCUUUUAUAAGCACAGGGACGUACUUUUCCAUCCACCUUGGACUUUCACACUACCAAUUUUUUUGCUAAGGAUACCAAUAUCUCUGUUUGAGUCAAGUGUGUGGAUAGUCAUGACGUACUACACCAUUGGAUUCGCCCCUGAGGCUAGCAGGUUGUUCAAGCAACUCCUGUGGGUAUUUAUGAUCCAACAAAUGGCUGCUGGGGUAUUUAGGCUGAUUGCAGGAAUAUGCAGGACAGUAAUUGUCUCAAACACUGGUGGCUCUCUUACUCUUCUCCUCGUGUUCCUUUUGAGUGGUUUCAUCCUUCCUAAAGGCCAAAUUCCAAUCUGGUGGAAGUGGGCUUACUGGGUUUCACCCCUGACCUAUGGCUACAACGCUGUUGUAGUAAACGAGAUGUUAGCACCAAGAUGGAUGAACAAAUUGGCGUCAGACAAUGUUACAAGAUUGGGGGUGGCAGUUCUACGUAAUUUUGAUGUCUUUCCUGAAGAAGAAUGGUACUGGAUAGGCAUAGCAGCCCUCUUGGGGUUUGCUGUUCUCUUUAAUGUACUCUUCACCUUUGCGCUCAUGUACCUUAAUCCUCUAGGAAGUCAACAAGCUGUAAUAUUCAAAGAGCGGACAAAAGGAAUGGAAGCUGACGAAGAACAAAGCAAAAAAGCAACAAGGCAUAAAAAAACGAAGUUGAAAAUGGAUCCAGUCCCCAUAUCUUUGUCUUCCAUUGAAGAAAACAACAGAGGGGAAAUUACAACGCAGCGGAUGAGCAGCCAUUGUAAUGUGAAUGAGUCGAACAGAAAUGAAGAUUCUAUUCUUGGUGCUACACCUAAGAAAGGAAUGGUUCUGCCAUUCACACCUUUAGCCAUGUCAUUUGACAAUGUAAAUUACUUCGUGGAGAUGCCCCGGGAAAUGAAAGAACUAGGAAUUACCGAGGACAGACUCCAAUUACUUCGUGAAGUUAGUGGCACGUUUAGGCCAGGAAUUUUGACAGCAUUGAUGGGAAUAAGCGGUGCAGGAAAAACUACACUAAUGGAUGUUCUAGCUGGACGAAAGACUCUAGGUUAUACUGAAGGUGACAUUAGAAUAUCUGGAUUCCCAAAGAGACAAGAAACAUUUGCCAGAAUUUCGGGAUACUGUGAACAAUAUGAUAUUCAUUCACCUCAAGUAACUGUCUAUGAAUCUUUGAUUUACUCAGCUUUCCUUCGGCUGCCUAAAGAAUAUGGAGAGGAUGAAAAGAUGAUUUUUGUGGAUGAAGUAAUGGAUCUGAUUGAACUAGAUAAUCUCAAGGAUGCUAUAGUAGGGAUCCCAGGAGUUACUGGGCUGUCAACAGGACAGAGAAAGAGAUUGACCAUAGCAGUUGAGCUUGUAGCUAAUCCCUCAAUCAUAUUCAUGGACGAGCCGACAUCUGGUUUAGAUGCAAGAGCAGCAGCCAUUGUCAUGAGAACCGUGAGAAACAUUGUCGACACAGGCAGAACAGUGGUUUGCACGAUUCAUCAGCCUAGCAUUGAUAUCUUUGAAGCGUUUGAUGAGCUCCUUCUCAUGAAAAAUGGAGGUCAACUUAUAUAUGCAGGACCAUUGGGCCAGCAUACACAGAGUAUCAUUGAAUAUUUUGAGGCAAUUCCAGGGAUCCCAAAAAUGAAAGAGAAGUAUAAUCCAGCAACAUGGAUGCUAGAAGUGAGCUCAAUGUCCAUGGAAGCCCGUCUCGGUAUUGAUUUUGCCGAGUACUACAAGUCAACGACCAUUUAUCAGCAAAAUAAGGCUCGAGUAGAAGAGUUGAGCACACCCCCUCCUGGAGCACAUGACCUUCAUUUUCCUUCUCAGUAUUCUCAGCCCACAUGGGACCAAUUCAAAUCCUGCCUCUGGAAGCAAUGGUGGACUUACUGGAGAAAUCCUGAUUAUAACCUUUCAAGAUACUUCUACACUCUUGCCACAGCUCUUAUGGUUGGAACAAUAUUCUGGAAUGUUGGCACGAAAAGGGAAAGCAAUACUGAUGUUUUGACAAUAAUUGGGGCGAUGUUCGCUUCUGUGUUGUUCGUCGGAAUUAAUAAUUCCACAACGGUUCAGCCAGUGGUAGCCGUUGAGAGAACUGUGUUUUAUCGGGAGAGAGCAGCAGGCUUUUACUCUGCAUUACCUUAUGCCAUGGCACAGGUCAUUAUAGAAAUACCUUAUGUACUCCUGCAAACUGCAUAUUAUACGGUUAUAGUGUACGCCAUGGUGAGCUUUGAAUGGGCAGCGGCUAAGUUCUUUUGGUUCUUCAUCAUAACUUUCCUCUCAUUUCUCUACUUCACAUACUACGGAAUGAUGGCUGUUUCAGUCACGCCAAACCAACAAGUUGCAGCAGUCCUUUCGAAUUCCUUCUAUUAUCUUUUCAAUCUAUUCUCUGGUUUCUUCAUCCCCAAACCGGUAAGUUAG